AUGGCGGAAUCAACGAGACCUAGAGUGUACUUUGAUAUCUCCAUUGGCGAAAGGAUUGUCGGCAGGAUCGUGAUGUCGUUGUUCAAUGAUGCAGUCCCAAAGACUGCUGAGAACUUUAGGGCAUUGUGUACAGGAGAGAAGGGGGAAAACUUGAAAUAUGAGGGAUCAGGUUUUCAUCGAAUCAUCAAAGGCUUCAUGGUCCAGGGAGGCGAUUUUACGCGACACAACGGCACUGGAGGGGAGUCCAUUUACGGGGAGAAGUUCGAUGACGAAGCGUUCGCAUUCAAACAUGACAAGCCUUUCCUACUAUCAAUGGCAAACUCUGGAAAGAAUACUAAUGGCUCUCAAUUCUUCAUCACUACCGUCCCCACGCCGCACCUGGAUGACAAGCAUGUUAUAUUUGGUGAAGUGAUUGUGGGAAAGUCUGUUGUACGAGCGAUGGAGAACACUCCCACGGCGUCAGGGGACGCGCCCAUCCUUCCGGUGAAGAUUGCCAAAGCCGGAGAGCUGAAGCCCGACGAGGAUGAUGGUACAGUGACCUACAGAAACCCCGAUCUUCCGAGUAGCAAAUAUGAAGACUAUCCGGAUGACGAAACCAGUAUCGACGUGCAAAAUGUGGAGGCCGUUAUCAACAUCGCCCGUGAAAUUAGAGAAGACAGUAAUUCAUUGUUCAAAGCUGGGAAGUACAAUGAAGCCCUCGACCAAUAUCAAAAAUCCCUGCGUUAUCUAGAUGUGCACUUCGUUCUACCCGAGUCAACCAGCGAUGAACUUACCCCUCUGCUUCUUAAUAUAUCCCUUGCCACUCUCAAAAUCACUCCCUUGUCAGGCGAGCGUGCCCGAGACAUCAUCAAGCACACCUCGCGCGCUUUACGCAUCCCUGACAUAAGCGUGCAAGACAAAGGGAAAGCUUUAUAUCGCCGUGCAUUAGCACAAUCCGCGAUCGACGAAGAUGAACAAGCCGAAAAGGACUUAAACGAGGCGAGUAAACUCGUCCCUAGCGAUGAAGCAAUCCGGAAAGAGCUGGAGAAGAUAAAGGCCCGUAAGCAGGAAAAGCGAGAGAAGCAAAAGAAGGCAUUCAGAGGACUAUUUUCAUAAAAUGGUUCGCAUGUAAUUGUGGUAUUGGGAAUACAGCAUGUACAAUGAGACCUUUUGUUAGCGCAUACGUCAAUUUUUGGAUGCAUACCUGGCUUUCGCGUACGCUAGGCCGGCGGAUCCGGAAUGAUCUCGUGUGCAGAAAUACCGUUAUACCAAAAGUAAUUCGUACAUGAGCCUGAGGACUGCUUUUAUUGGUCGAUGGGCUUGGGCUUUUAGUCUUGCGUGGCUGUAUUCCUGCAGAGUUACACUUUGCUUGAAGCUCCCAUUCGGCGGCAAAAUUUGGGUUACGGAAGUCAAUUACGUAGAAUUUGCACCACGGGAAACGGGAUAACUUCGUUCAGGGAUGGCAAAUUCGCAAUAUCUUCCACCUACAACAGCUGUAGA